ACGAUCGAGACUCGCGCGCGCACAGUUACAAAUACCUCCCCCCCGGCCGCUAACCACUCCGCUUACCCACGUCUCCUUCAAAAUCUCGCCUCGCCUUCCCUUCCCUUCACUCCGCCGCCGCCGCCGAUGCUGAGCCACGCCCACGCCGCCGCCGGGAGCCCCGCCGCCACGGCGCCGUCAAGCCCCACGCGCCGCCGCUGCGCCGGGAAGGACGACGUCGACGACGCUGACGAUGACGGCGGCGGCAGCGAGCAGUUCUUCUUCUUCAGCGCCCCGGCCAGCCCCGUGCACUACAUCCUCCGCUCGCCGCCGUCCUCCACGACGACGACGACGGCGGCGGCGGCGCACUAUGCUCCGGGCGUGGACGGUGACCACGGAUGCGGCGGCGGCGGCGGCGGGGACUUCGAGUUCGCCGCGCGCCAGCAUGGUGCAGGGAAUGGCGCCGCGGCGAUGAGCUCGGCCGAGGAGCUGUUCGUCGCGGGGCGCAUCCGCGUCGGGUGCCUCUCGCCCAUACGCCAGGAGGAGGCGGGCUUCGGGGAGCAGGAGGAAGGUUGCGUCGACGAGGGGGAGAGCGGCGGCCAACGGCCGCCGCCUCGCCGGGCCAGAUCGGCGUCGCCGCCGCGGAGCCCGCAUCUCGCCAAGAUCGCCGAGCCCUCGGACUCCUUCGCGUCGUCGUCGUCUUCCUCCACCUCCACCUCCUCCUCCUCCUCCUCCUCGUCCUCCGCCAAGAGCACUCGCCGGCGGAUAUCGCUGCGUGACCUCCUCCUCGGCAGCACGGCGAACAGCGACUCCGCCACCGCCGCCGCCGCCGCCGAGAGGUCAUCGGGCUUUUGGCCCCCGUCCAUCUGGCCGUCGUCGCGGUCCAAGAAGACAGCAACGCUAGCGUUGCCCUGCCCGUGCCCGUGCCCGCCGUCGCUGCAGCCGGCGCGGCGGUCCACCUCGUCGGAGAGGUCGUCGGCGCCGCCGCCGCGGCGGCGCGCGACGUCGCUGCCGUACCGGCAGGGCCUCGUCCUCGGAUGCCUCGGGUUCGGGGCCCGGAGCUACGGGCUUGCCAAGUCAAUGCAUCCGCUUUCCUCUGGGUAAAAGCGUAAACGCGAAAACCCGCCUUCAAAGGGAAAACUACCAAAUCGCCACAUUUUGAAGUUCAAAUAGCACUUUACGUAAUCUUGCGAGGGCUUGCAUGAAAAAAGAAAAGGAAAACAAAGGAUGUAAAUUAAAAUUUUGCUCUGUUUGUUUCUAUCUUUUUGUGGCAAUGCUACAUUGAUCCAUCACUUCAGAUGUGCAUUAGUACAACUGUACAAAUCACUGUGAUGCAUUUGACUGGCUACAUUGAUCUUUUGGCCUUUGGUUUGGUACUUUGAUGGGAACUUAAUACCACUAAUUCUUGUUAUUUUCUGCAUGAUCUAAUAAAGUGCUUAUUUUUAGUGUG